CGCAGAAUUAUUAUUAAUAAAUUGGUUAGAGUACCAUUACACAAAAAGUAAGAAAAUUAUUUGGGAUGAACCCUUACCAGAUAAAGAUGUAAAUUUUUUUGGCCAAAAUCUUCACGAUGGUUUCGUUUUCGCUGCUGUAACCGGGGUUUAUUGCCCUUAUAUGAUUCCUUAUUUAAGAAAAAUGAUAAUUGAUGCUGAUAUGUUUGAAGAAUUAUUACAUAAUACUUGUAUAGUUACAAGAUGUUGGAAAAUGUUAAAUUGUAGUUUUGCAGUUAAACCUGAAGAUAUUCUCGAUCCAAAUUCAGUACAUAUGUUAAUGUUAAUAGCUUAUUUAUUUGAGGUUUUACCAAGUAUGUAUCCAUACGAAACGAUUGAUUUUACAAUUGGAUUAUCACAAAAAGCCUUUAACACAAUCGUUUUAAAAAAUAUAAACGAUUUUCCUAUUUGUUAUAAAGUUAUAUUCUUUUCAAACGAAGAUAAUUGUUUUACAACAGAUGAAGAUAUGUAUGUUAUACCACCAGGAAAGUCGUGUAAAAUUCUAAUAACAUAUUACGCGAAAUUCGCGAAGAAUAUAACUUGUACAUUAUUCUUAAGUGGUGAAAAUGAUAGUUAUCAUUUUUCAAGAAAUCGGGCAUUCACGUUAAUUGGAAUACCAGAUGUAACUUAUAUGACAUCAACAAUAAAAUAUCCAAUUUAUCUUUAUGAAGUAUCAGAUGUAUCAUUUACAGUAAAAUCGCCAUAUUCUAUUGAAACAGCUUAUAAUAUUCAAUUAACUUACGAUAUGGUUCAAACACCAGACGAUUUAGCUAACAUUCCAUUUGCUCAAAAAGAAGAACUUCAAACACCAUCGAAAUUUAUGCCUGUCUCAACCACAACACAAUUUGAUGAGACAGGAGUAUUUGAAUUUCAAGCUUUUUGUACCAUUUUAAUGUACGAAGAACAAAGUGUUUAUAUUUACUUUAGAAACCCAAAUGUAGGUGAUUUCGCGAUUAAUUUUGAGAUCAUUAUGAAAGAAUCUCGUUCAAAAGAAGUCAUCGAGGUUUUUUUACCUAAAAAUGUUAUGGACUUUAGACAAUCAAGUACUGGAGGAGGAUUAGAACGCGUUUUUCUUGAGGUUCCAUGUCGAAACAGAUUAUUUUGGAAUACGAUUAUGGAGUUAAUGUUGAGGAUUUGUGAAGGGGAUGUUUUAGAUUUUUUUAAAAGAAAUAUUGGCACUACAAUAGGAAUGCAAAUUUUACAAGAAAUAAUUUUGGGUUCCGGCAUUGAUAAAUCAAACCUUUGUGAUUCAGUUAAAUAUGAUAUUGUACUAGAUAACACCGAUAGUGGAAUCAUUUUACCGGAUAAUGUAUUUAUUGAAGAUGAAUGUUCCCACAAUACAAUUUCAAUACCACUGAAAUUCCUUAAUACCGGUGAUUUGCCUUCAGAUUUUACAUUUUCCUUAAUAUCGCAGGAUGGCCGUUAUAGACGUUAUUACGUUACAAAUUUUACAUGUGAUCCAUAAACGAAAACCGAACUUUUUUAUAAUUAUAAAAUGUUUAUAUUUUUUAUGCAUUAAUAUCAAUAAAACAUUUUUUUUUAUUAAUUCAA